AUGACCACCGCCACAACAAUCAACGACUUGCCGGACGCCAUACUCUCGACCAUAAUCGGGAUAGUAUCCGACACCCGAACACGGAACUCCCUCUCCCUCGCGUGCCGCAAAUUCCGGAGCACGGAGAGGGCCACGCGCACCUCCCUCACACUCCGGGGAAACGCGCGCGACCUCCCCUACCUCCCGCUCUGCUUCGCCGCCGUCACCCACCUCGACCUCUCCCUCCUCUCUCCGUGGGGCCACUCUCUGCUCUCCCCCUCCGCCGCCGCCGCCAACGACACCGACCCCCUCCUCCUGGCCCAACGCCUACGUGCCGCCUUCCCAUUCGUGGACUCCCUCAUCGUCUACUCCCGAUCUCCCUCCACCGUCCAGAUCGUCUCCCAUCUGUGGCCCGGAUUGCGCCGCGUCAAGCUUGUCCGAUGGCAUCAACGGCCACAAUCGCCCCCUGGCGCCGACUUCGAUCCUCUCUUCGACCAAUGCCACUCACUCUCCGAGCUGGACCUGUCGGAAUUCUACUACUGGACGGAGGACCUCCCCCCGGUCCUCGAGGCCCACCCGAACGUGGCCCGAUCUCUCACCAAGCUGGAUCUCCUGACUACGUCGUUUACCGAGGGGUUCAAAGCGAACGAGAUCAAAUCCAUCGUUACCGCCUGCCCGAAGCUCCAGCAUCUCCUCAUCGCGUGUAUGUUCGAUCCCCGAUACAUAGACUUCGUCGGCGAGGAGGCUCUGCUGUCGAUCUCCGCUAACUGCCCGGAGCUCAAAGUCAUCCAUUUGAUCGAUACGUCAUCGUUGGCCAACGCCCGCGGCGAUCCAAACGACGACGGAUUUACGUCGGAGGACGCGCGGAUUGGGCGCGCGGCUUUGGUUGAUUUCUUCUCGGGGCUUCCGCUGUUGGAGGAGCUGGCGUUGGAUGUGUGCAAGAACGUGAGAGACAGUGGGUUGGCGUUGGAAGUGCUUGGGUCGAAGUGUCCCAGGCUGAGGGCGCUCAAGCUUGGGCAGUUUCAUGGGAUUUGCUCUGCGAUUGGGUCCGAGCUAGACGGCAUUGCGUUGUGUUCAGGGCUGGAGUCGUUGUCGAUCAAGAACUCGGCUGAUUUGACGGAUAUGGGGUUGAUUGAGAUCGCUAGAGGGUGCUGCAAAUUGGUCAAGUUUGAGGUUCAGGGAUGUAAGGGAAUCACGGUGAAGGGGCUGAGGACGAUGGCUAGCUUGUUAAGGAAGACUCUGGUUGAUGUUGGGAUCUCUUGUUGCAAAAACUUGGAUGCUGCUGCUUCUUUGCGGGCUUUGGAGCCAAUUCGUGAUCGGAUUCAAAGGCUCCACAUUGAUUGCGUUUGGGAGCAGGAGGAUGAGCAUGCCCGCAAUUUUGAUCUCAAUCAAGUGAAUGAUGAUGAGGCUGAGGAUGUUAAUAGUGAAGCCAGUGUGUUGAAUCGGAAUGGGGAGGACCGUGAUUACAUGGACUUGAAUUGGGGGCCUGAGUAUGAGCACAGAAGCAGCAAGAAAUGCAAGUUGGGGUUGGAUGGGGACUGUUCCUAUAUGCCACCAAGCAAUGGAUAUGGCUAUGGCAAUGGAAAUGGGUUUUGGUGUGGUGAGAGCUGGGAAAGGUUGCAUUAUCUUUCGCUUUGGAUUGGGGUUGGUGAGCUGCUGACUCCGUUGCCAACGGCUGGUCUCGAUGAUUGUCCCAAUCUGGAGGAGAUUCGGAUCCGGGUAGAAGGGGAUUGCAGGGGAAGGCAGAGACCCACACAACGAGAUUUUGGGUUGAGCUGCCUCGCCGGCUAUCCUCUGCUGUCCAAGAUGAAGUUGGAUUGUGGUGAUACAGUUGGCUAUGCACUUACUGCACCCCGGGGCAGAUGGACCUGA